CCAGACUCCAAACAUCCUCAGCUCCCUCGUGCUCAUUUGAUACCUACACCCAGAAACCAUGGCCUCCAUUACUCCAACAAAAACGAUCACGUACAAGACCAUCGGGUCCGUCUCAAUCCCCAUGGACAUCUACCUCCCGGAAAACGCGCACAAAGCCCCAAUCCUGCUCUGGUUCCAUGGAGGAGGCCUCCUCCAAGGCCGUCGCGACUCCAUCGCGCCGCACAUGCGCGCCGGCGUCGAGAAAUACAACUACAUCGCCAUCUCCGCGGACUACCGUCUAGCUCCGCAGGUCGGCGUUGCGGAAAUCCUCGAUGAUGUCCGGGACUGCAUCGCGUUUAUUCGCACGGAGCUACCCUCUAUCCUCGGUGACAAGGCCGACGUAUCUCGUCUCGCUGUAUCCGGUAGUUCAGCGGGCGGUUACCUCGCUCUCCUCGCGGGUCUAUACGUCGAGCCGAAGCCCAAGGUUAUCGUGCCAAUUUGUCCCAUUACCGAUCCAUUAGGCAGCUUCUUCACAACGCCCCAACCUAUCCCAGACGGAAAACACGCAGCAUCAGAGGAGGAGAUGUCUCGCUACCUUGACCGCACCGCACCUGCCACAACGAGCUCUGGACGAUCCCCUGCUGAUCCACGGGGAUACAUGUACAACUACAUGCUCCGCACCGCGACCCUUGGACAGCUCCUAGGAAUCGCUUCGAAUGACGCCAGUGCUUCAGCUCCGUAUCGCGUCUCGCGAAACAUCCAGAAACACGGGCUUCCGCCGGCAUAUAUCAUCCACAGCGACGCGGAUUCCGCUGUUGGAGUAGAACAGGCGGAUGAGGUUGUUGGGGCUAUGGUGGGUUGUGGAUUGACUGUUGGAUAUGAGAGGGUGCAUGGGGAGGAUCAUCUUUUUGAUGAUAAGGUGGGAUAUGAGAAUGAGAGGUUGUAUGAGUUUCUUAUGCGGUAUCUGUAAGCGAUAGGGUGGUGGUUGGGAAGUAUCACAGAAGGGAUGGGUUUAGUCCGAGAGUCCGGUUGGCCGUACGUCCACAGGUUUUUCUAGGUUCUUAGUCUUGCAUCUCGGGGCGAGUUCUAUGCUCACACCGAUUUGCUAGUAUGACUUUGAUAACACUGGUGCUUGGCGAGCCGGUGAUCAUUUUCAUCAGUCGAAGACAAAUAGCAAGGAUAUCCGACUCGUUGAUCGAUAAGUAUUCUUUUCAUCGUACUUCAUGUCAUUCAGCUGUCCACAUACAUGACCUAUAUGCAUGCAUCAACAAAUAGUCUCUAUAUUAGACCC